AGCAGGACUGGUUGCUGGUUUUGCAUGAAUUCCAGGAUGAAUUUUGGAGAGGAAUUUUCAAUUCCAUCAGGAAAAGAAUUUCCGUUUACAGGUUCUUGGAUGCCAGUAACUCCACAAAAGUCCAUCCCAACGGUAUCAAAUCCCAUCCAGGUGAACGGGCAAGGGAACCAAUCUGAAAGAGGAAAUUGGCAAGAAUUGGCUGGAUUUUGUGCCGGAUACGAACAAGACAUCCUGAAUAUCAAUGGACCUGCACAGAAUUUCAACCCAGUUGAACAAAUGGGUCAGAGUGGGCAGGAAUUGGCUGGAUUUCAUGCUGGAUUUGUACAAGAUAUUCUGAAUAUCAAUGGACCUGCACAGAAUUUCAACCCAGUUGAACAAAUGGGUCAGAGUGCAGGGCAUUAUUUUGGAAGUAUAAAUUUACCAGGGAAGAACAGAAUGAUCGACAACAUUGCAGGUUCCAGCAGACAUGUUCUUUACAAUGAAAGCACAAGAUGGAACAAUUAUUCAUUGGAAAAUCUUCUGGAAACCGGAAACAAUGCUGCUUUUGCCUCUGCAAACAGAGUUGCAAGCAUAACCAGCGCAAAUACUGUGCUGUUUCCAAAUUUGCAUUCCCAAAAAGACAACUGGAGACACUCCAUCCCACACAACUCAAUGUACUCCAACCAAACUCAUUCCACAAAUUUGCACUUCUUGAGAAAUAACGACAGCUUCCUCCAGAUGGCCGAAUAUGGAUUUCCCGUACCUUGCAAACCAAUGUCCAAUAUGAACUCACCAGCAAGGACAGAAGUUGAUGCAGCCUCCCAUAUCGCCACCUCAUUCCCAUCCAUGCCAGCAGCACCAGAUCAAACCAAGAAGAUGGAGGACAAGCAGAUUUCCCCAGUACCAACUUCUGCAGGAGAUGAAAGCUUAAUUCAUGAAAAGGAAAAGCAGGAAAUUUUAAUUGCAUCCAAUGGAAAUGAAGUUUCUCAACAGAAUUGUGAACUCUUACAGAACAUUGUCGAUUCAUCAUCUGCUGUCAUUUCCACAACAAUAGAGGGAAAAAAGGACUCUGAAAGGGGAAGUGACCAGGGCAUAGAUCUGAACAAGACACCCCAGCAAAAACCACCUAAACAAAGAAAACACAGGCCCAAGGUAAUUGUAGAAGGCAACAAAAGGAAUCCAAAGUCGGCCAUUACAAAAACUAUUAACUCCAAGGACAACCCAAGUGGGAAAAGGAAGUAUGUACGCAGGAAAGGCCUGAUAGAAUCAGCAACAGAACACACAGAUUCAACUAAGGAGUCUGACCCGAGUGCUGGAACUCCAGCAAAGAGGAAGUAUGUACGCAGGAAAAGCCUGAAAGAAUCAGCAAAUGAACAGAUUGAUUCUAUGAAAGAAUCUGGUCAUAGUGCUGGAAUAACUGUAAAGGGGGAGUACAUACACAACAAAAAACAGAUAGAAUCAAUGACUGAGCAAGCAGAUUGUACAAGGGGCUCUGAUCCUAGUGCUGGAACAGCUGGAAAAAGGAAGUAUGAAAGCAACAGAGGCCUGAAAGCAUCAGCAACUCAACAAGUAGAUUGCAUGAAGGAGACUGAUUCUAGUGCUGAGCCUGCUCCAAAAUCCUGCAGAAGAGUAUUGAAUUUUGACUUGGAAAAUACUGGCAAUGAAGUCCAAGCUGAAAUACUUAAGCACCUGAAGAUGUUAGAAGGAGGUAAGUCCUCUGAAUCUCAAGCCACGGGAUUGCAGAAUGUAGAAAAUAGUGGGUUUCAAAUAAAAUUGACCACACAGACCAGUCAACAGACUGGAUUGGCUUUGGAAAACAAACAACCACAAGCUGAAAGUAGCUAUGCUCCCUUCCUGAAUAAAAUGAUGCCAAUUGGUUACAUAUCAACGCAAGGUGUCAGAGCUGCUACAGCCUCACGACUUCAAGCAAAGGACCUGAUGGAAAAUCUAAAUGUCAUUGCAAGGAAUAAAAACAUGGACAAUGCUGAUUUGAGCCAAAAGAUCUACAGAAAUGGAUACACUUCAACACAGCGAACUAUUCAAUCUGUUUCACAAGGAAAAAACAUUUGGGAAAAUACUAAUGGGACCAAGGAACUAAUGUUUGAAAGAUCCCCUCAAUCAGUACCAACAGUUUUGUCUAACUCUAAUGAAGGUAGGGGAUCCAAGAGAGAUCAUUGUCACACCAUUGAGUACGGACAAUUUUGCACUGCAAGUUCAAUAAGUUCCUUGUUACCCCAAGGAAUGUUCCAGAAGGAUGAAGGUUAUAGAAAUGGCAGCGUUAAUGGGGCGACUUUUCAACAGGCUCCCAAAAGAAAGACAAUAGAGGAUGAAUCCUGUGGAUGCAUUUAUGACAUGAAGUAUGCGAUGUCACAUGGUUCAGGACUUUACACAAAAGGCACAAACAGUGUUAAUGCAAAACAAUUUACGUCACUGAGGGAUUGUGGGACAUCUGACCCUCAUUUUCAAAGUGAUAACAUAGCCAGGAAGAAAAGUGGAGGGGUUUGCAAACUCACUGGGGACAGCAGGAAUGUUCACUCUAAAGCUGCUGACCUAACUUAUUCAAAGCAACAUAUUUCAUCCCAACUGCAUUCAGGCAUGGAAAAAAUAGGAAACACCAACAGGUUGACUCUAGUCCAUAACUUAGCCACACUCGAGAAUUGCAACCAUCUUCUACCAACUACCCCUGAGAAGACUCCUAUACUGCAAUUUGGGUUGGUUGGAAAAACAUCCCAUGCCAAUGUUUCAGAAAAGAAGAAAAGAGGGACUGGUCUAUCCAGAAGAGUUCCGCCCAGAAGAGGAAAGAUGCUGCAAGAACAUUAUGAGUACCAGCAGUCCACUAAAGCAAGAGGGCCAUCAGCAAAACAGGCAUACCUCAUUCUCAUUGAGGAGAUAAUAAAUAAAUUCAAGGGUCUCACUCUUGAUGAAAGGAACAGCAAAGCCAAGGCAGAAGUGCAGAAUGCACUUGUUGUAUACAAAGGAGCUGGAACAGUGGUCCCGUAUGAGGGGUUUGAGUUUAUCAAGAAAAGAAAGUCACGACCUAAAGUAGACCUUGAUCCAGAGACAAAUAGGAUAUGGAAUUUGUUGAUGGGAAAGGAGGGAGAAGAUGUCGAAGGGGCAGAUAAGGAGAAGGAAAAAUGGUGGGAAGAAGAAAGGAGAGUUUUUCAUGGCAGAGUUGAUUCAUUCAUAGCACGAAUGCAUCUUGUACAAGGAGAUAGGCGCUUCUCACAAUGGAAAGGAUCUGUGGUGGAUUCUGUGAUAGGAGUCUUCCUAACCCAAAAUGUUUCAGAUCACCUUUCAAGUUCUGCCUUUAUGUCUCUAGCAGCAAAAUUUCCUUUGAAGUCAUCAUGCAAGAGAGACUGUGAUGGAGAUGGGGCAAAAACACUAAUUGAAGAACCAGAAAUCUAUGAACCAAAUCCAAAUGAAACCUUCAAAUGGCAUGAAAAUCUAUUUAGUCAUCCACUUGACAGCCAAUGCUCUAUGACACCUAACAGGUCAACAGAUUAUCAAAGGAACAGUGACAAUUCAGGUAUAGAAAGAACAAGCUUCAUGGAAGCAUAUAGUCAGAGCUUAGAGGAAGAAGUGCUAUCAUCACAAGGUUCUUUUGAUUCCUUGGUCAUUCAAGCAAUUGGAGGAAUCAGAUCCUACUCAGGCUCCAACUCAGAAACAGAAGAUCCUACUACAGGCUGCAAAUUCAACAACAUUCAUGGUUCAACUCUUGACCAGAAAGAGAACAGUGCCUCAUUUGAGGAAUUUUUCAAUUAUGUAAGUGGGACCCCACUGUUUCAUGGAGGAUCAACAUAUAAACAGUCAGAAGUUACAGAAAAUGGACAGAAGUCAAAAUUGGAAAGAAAGGAAAAUGUCAAACGGCCUUCCUCAUUCAAUCAAGGUAGCCAUUUUAGAAGUCAAGAAGUGCAGUUAGAAGCAUUUGGAGUAAGUAACCAUUCGCUGUACCGGACUUUGGAGUCUGAAGCGCAAGAACUAGACGGUCUUGAACCUUUUGGUGAAGAAUGCAUGUCUUCCUGGGCUUCAACUGCUUCUGGAUUCAACAAGCCAAAACAACUAGGACAAAGUGGAGGUAACAUCAUGGUCCAAUACAAUGCACAACCUAUAACUCAAGAUAUGGCCACAACAGCCUUGAAUGCUUCAUCAAGCGAGCACAUAAUGCACCAACAAGAAGUCUCUUGGCCAGGAUAUUGUACUAAAAGUAAUCAGCUUUGCAACAACCAUCAAGAAAAGAGGAAUAAGGCCUUCCAAUCAGAAAGCACAUCAGUCAUAAUGCCUCUAACCGCUGAUGCAGUCAGUAAGAUGCAGAAAAGUACCUCAAUGUCUACUGCAAAUGCCCUUAAACUCACAGAAAGACCUUCUAAUGUUGAGAGAAUAUCUGUAUUGAAUAAGGACAAAGAUAUAGAGGACAGAGAGGUUCAAUCAGAUGCAAAGGAGCCAGUGCAUUCUUCUGGAAAAGAGCAUGGAGAAAAUAGCAUCUUAAAGCCUAAAAGAAGAAAGGCUCAAGGAGAGAAAAAUCAUACAACUGACUGGGAUGGGUUAAGAAAACAGGCGGAGGCCAAUGGUUGGAAAAAAGAAAGAAGCAAAGAUACCAUGGAUUCCCUGGAUUACGAGGCAAUGAGGAAUGCUAAUGUAAAUGAGAUUUCUAAUGCAAUCAAAGAAAGAGGGAUGAACAACAUGUUAGCAGAAAGAAUCAAGGAAUUCUUGAACAGACUGGUUGGAGACCAUGAAAGCAUUGAUCUGGAAUGGUUGAGAUAUGUUCCCCCUGAUAAAGCAAAGGAUUAUCUUUUAAGUAUACGGGGAUUGGGCCUUAAAAGUGUGGAGUGUGUGCGGCUUUUAACCCUUCACCAUCUUGCUUUUCCGGUUGACACAAAUGUUGGACGAAUAGCGGUUAGACUGGGAUGGGUUCCUCUCCAACCACUGCCUGAGUCACUACAGUUGCACCUCCUAGAAUUGUACCCGGUUCUGGAUUCAAUUCAGAAAUACCUCUGGCCAAGAUUAUGCAAACUUGAUCAACUAACAUUGUAUGAACUACAUUAUCAAAUGAUUACAUUUGGAAAGGUUUUCUGCACAAAGAGCAAACCGAAUUGCAAUGCAUGUCCAAUGAGAGGAGAGUGCAGGCACUUUGCAAGUGCUUUUGCAAGUGCAAGGCUUGCACUGCCAGGGCCUGAAGAGAAGAGCGUAACAAUUUCAACUGUUCCAAUGAUGUCUGAGAGAAACCCUGUCAGAGUUGUCAAUCAAAUGUCAUUACCUCCACCAGAGCAGAACUUGCUUAAAGUAGGGUCUAACAAUGGCAACUGUGAACCUAUCAUUGAAGAACCAGCGACACCAGAACCAGAGCAAAAAGAAGAAUCACAAAGUGACAUCGAAGAUGCAUAUUAUGAGGAUCCUGAUGAAAUUCCCACAAUAAAACUCAAUAUUGAAGAGUUCACAGCAAACCUCCAGCAUUACAUGCAGGCAAAGAUGGAACUCCAGGAAGGAGACUUAUCAAAGGCUUUAGUAGCUUUAAAUCCUGAAGCUGCUUCUAUCCCCACUCCCAAAUUGAAGAAUGUGAGCAGGCUACGGACAGAGCACUAUGUAUAUGAGCUUCCAGAUACGCAUCCAAUCUUGAAACAGAUGGAAAGGCGUGAACCUGAUGACCCUAGCCCCUAUCUUCUUGCUAUAUGGACACCGGGUGAAACUGCAAAUUCAAUUCAACCACCAGAACAAAGUUGUGGGUCCCAAGAACCAGGAAGAUUGUGCAAUGAGAAGACUUGCUUUGUUUGCAGUAGUGUAAGAGAAGCUAAUUCACAGACAGUACGAGGAACCAUCUUGAUACCUUGUAGAACUGCAAUGAGAGGAAGCUUUCCCUUAAAUGGGACAUAUUUUCAAGUUAAUGAGGUCUUUGCAGAUCAUGAAUCAAGCCUCAACCCGGUGGAUGUUCUAAGGGAAUGGAUAUGGAAUUUACCUAGACGAACUGUAUACUUUGGAACAUCUGUAUCAACAAUAUUCAAAGGACUUUCAACUGAGGGAAUUCAGUACUGCUUUUGGAAAGGAUUUGUUUGUGUGAGGGGAUUUGACCAAAAAACACGAGCACCCCGACCUCUUAUGGCCAGGUUGCACUUUCCAGCAAGUAAGCUGGCCAAGACAAAAACUGAAAACAAGAGAUAAACCGGGCACAACAGAAAGAUGAUUGUUACCAAAAGGUACCAACCAGCAUGAAUCCAUAAAGGAAACUAAAAUAUGCCAACCAGCAUCUGUCCAUAAAGGAAACGAAAAUUUGGUGAUGUAGCACAGAAGGAAAAUUUUUACUAACACAUUGUUGUACACUAUUGUUCUUUGUCUAACAUGAGAUCCAUUCAUCCUAUGUUGCAUGAAGAAAUUUUUUUUAAUGAAAUUUUAAAUCCCAUGGCAAGUGGGAUGCAAUCUGUCAAUUGAUCAAAACCGUGAUGAUUAUUUGAAUUCAUGCUCCGAAGAGAGCCAUUCUUCAAUAAAUAGUCAGAAAAAAUUUCCCCUACUCAUGCUCCAAUAUGUAAUAUACAAGAGCAUUACAUAUGCACACACAUGCAGUUACAUAUAUAUCAUAGAGUUAGCCUAAGUGAAUGUGUCUGUGCGUAACCACAAAGCUAAUUAACCCAAAAAAGUCUACCCAAAUUGUUGGCAAUUAGGUUCCUUGAGUCUACAAACAUAUCCAACUAGAGUUCCUCAUUCCACAUCCAAUAGGGGACUGAAACCAGGCCAUGAUUAUAAAAAGGAGCAGAGAGAGAAAAAGGAUUCCAGGGGGGAACACUGAUUAGUACUAUUAGAUGUUUGGAAGUUAUAAGAAGAAUGUUGCAAGAAAUAAGAUUACAAUUAUGAAAUUCUGUUCGCUGAAAAUGUUCUAGAGAUUGAGAUGAGACACAGAAUCCUCUAAGAAAUGGCAUUAAAGGUUUUAGACACCUAGACUUUAUACAUGCUAAGGAAGUCAUGACAUUACGUAUUUGCAACAGUAUAUACAAGCAAGUUGGAGCAUAGAUUCAUAGGAAUACACAAGUCCAGGAUGAUGAUUCAAACAAUCGGCAUCAGACAAUAUUGCAAAUACAUACCUCAAAUAAAAAGAAGCAAGAAGAUGAAACAUUACAGUAAAAAAGACAGGCAACAAGAUAUGCUAACAUUCAAAGAAUUUAUUAAAGAUAAAAAAAGGCUUGAGAUCACAAGCAUUAUGGUGUCAUAAGAUCAUUUUGAGAGUUUUUGAGAUUUUUUAAAUUGCAGAGAACAUAUGUACAAAAGAUAUUUGUACUUGUUGACUAGAAGUUUCAAAUGGAUGAUGAAGAAAUAACCAUGCACUAUUGAAAGAUAUUUGUGCUUUCACAAGCCGAU